UUGGUGUACCAAUCAGGGGAAGGUUGACUGCAGUGACUGAUGAAGACCUUGAAACUAAUAUCAGACAACUUCAAUCCCUGUAUCCAAAUUCUGGGACGGAGAUGAUGAGAGGCUUGUUGCAUGCACGAGGACUAGUGGUUCCACGGCGUAAGGUCCGUGAGAUGAUGGCUCGAAUCAACCCAAUGGCAACUGCAAGGAGGUGGAGCAGUGCAGUGUCUCGACGUGUCUAUCAUGUGCCGUAUCCCAACAGUUUAUGGCAUAUUGAUGGCAACAUGCGUCUCAUAAGGUGGGGCUUUGUGGUCCAUGGUGGCAUCGAUGGAUGUUCACGCUUAAUUACUUACUUGAACUGCAGCACAGACAAUCGCGCUUCAACAGUGCUAUUCCAUUUUCUCAAGGCAACAGACCUCUAUGGCUUACCUUCUAGAGUGAGGUCAGACCAUGGUGGCGAGAAUGUGCAAGUGGCACUGGUGAUGAAUCUCCUUCAGGGCAUUGAACGUCGGAGUCAUCUAACUGGGGAAUCCAUCCAUAAUCAGAGAAUUGAGCGUCUUUGGAGGGAUGUGUUUUUACAUGUUCUGGAACCAUUUUAUAGCACGUUUUAUAAUCUUGAAGAUUCAGCCCUCUUGGAUCCCAGCAACGAUGUGCACAAACUUUCUCUUCACAUAGUUUUUCUUCCUGAGAUUCAAAGCCAACUGGAACAAUUCAGAAAGGGAUGGAACCACCAUUCCUUGCGUACAGAAAACAAUAAAACACCAACACAAAUCUGGACUGAACGGAUGUUGGCAAACAUGGGUGCCAACAGCACAGCAACUAACAACGUAUUUGGUGAAAAUUCCAGCGCAUCAGAGACUCUUGAAGAACUUCUGCAACAGCAUGGCCUUUGGCCACUACCAACUAGUGAUGCUGAAGAGGUUCCUAGUGUAGUUGUAGAACCAACCCAAACCAGGCUCAGUCAGCAGCAACUUCAGUCAGUUAAUCUUGCAGUCAAUCAUAUUUCAGAUCUGAAGGAGAAAUACCAGGCCUGUUGUGCAGAAAUUGCAAAUGUUUUAUUGAUUUAAGUACAUGUCACUAUGUUUGAGGAGUGACAAACAUCAAGAACAUUUGAUCAGAUGCAUUGUUCUAAAGAUACAAUUACUACAAAUAAAACUCAGAACUGACAUGAAUUGGUAACCUUACAAAUGUAAUUAUAAAAUGUUAAGGUGUUUAAAGACAUGACAAAUUACA